AUGAUUCCACGAGCGACUCGCCAUCAAAUGAUUCCACGAGCGACUCACCAUCAAAUGAUUCCACGAGCGACUCGCCGUCGACUGAUUUCACAAGCGACUCGCCGCCAACUAAUUCUACAAGCGACUCGCCAUCACAGUCGGAUGCAAAAGGCACGAGUUCGGCAGUUCCGUUAUCGUAAUCUCGACGUAUCAAUGCCCUGCCACAAUAAUGUGCUGUAUCUGAUUGUACAAUUCUUGGAGACUAAUGGACUCUAUGCCAGCUCGUUAGCGUUGCAACAGGAAAGCGGAGUAGAUCCUUCUUGGUUGCGAGGAGUAUCACAUGAGGUUGCGCUAUUACGGCGCUGGGUCUUUGCUGGCGAUGUGAAAAGAGCUCGAGCUUUGCUAUUGCCUUUAGCGACUGUGGAUUUCGUGUCGGAGGAAUUAAAAACUGCGCUGUCAGCUCUUAACGAGCUGGAUAUGGUCAUGAAAAGUGAAUUGCAAGAUUCAAUGCACUCAAGACUCGCACAAGCCAAGUUAAAUUGCUUUCGAAAACUAGUCCCUCUAUUUCGAGGACCUUUCAGUAUGGAGGAGAGCGAUGUUCAAAACUAUGUGGCAAUGCCAAAAGAUCAACUGUUAGGACUUAUUGAUGAUGCAAUUCGACUUCAUCGGCAAAAAGGAGAAAAUGCAGCGCAGAAUUGUAUUACAGUGGCAUGUAAUAGUUACGACAAGGUUACAGUUGGUAGGGAGCAGGAAGUCAGUGACAUUCUGCUAAUAGAUACACCACAUGAUGUUGUGGCGAGCGAAGAGAAUUCGAUUGUUUCUGUGGGGCACUCAGCGGAAUGGAUGACAUUGCUCAAAAAGCAACACAAUCCGAUAGCUUUGUCAAUUCAGUUGAGCACUAGUCAAUGGCAAGGAGUUGGUGGCUAUAUUGAUGGAGAGGAUACAAAAAAUGAGAUGAGCACUGCAGAUGUUGCUGUGAGCUGUGAGAUUGAUGUAAAGGAAGUUCAGGAUGCAGCAGUGAACUGUGGACUAAAUGUAAAAGAGUUGAUAGAUGUUGGGGUCAGUUGUAGAUUAGAAAGCAAGACAGUUGAUGCCGCAGUGAAUUGUGAAUCGAUUGAGUGGAAGAGCGAAGCGAUUCAAACAGAAAGUGUACAAGUAAUAAACAAAGAUGAAAACCAGGUGCUAGGACGAACUGAAGAAACGAGUAACCAUCAAACGCAGAGAGGUCCAAUCAUUAUAGCAGGAGUGCAUGUUGACGAAGAGGAGUAUGGGAGAGUAAAUUUCGAGAAUCACGGUAAUCAACGAGACACUAAUUUCCAGCGUUUGCAAAGCUCUAAUAUGUCAAUCAAGAAUGUCACAACCAGUGAGACCAACAUCAGUCAUUGCGAUGCAGAUGUCACUAUGCCUCUAGAAAUGAACCAAUUCGAGUCGAGUCAGAUGUUUGUUGAGAAAGAUCCUUUACUGAAAAACGACAAUUGGUCAAAUUUACAUCGAACGUUCAGUGUUGAAGCGAACUAUCAUGUCGAAGAUUCGAAUUUAAGAAGAAUUCCGAAGUGUUAUGAUGAGCUGACGCUGGACCAUGUGGUUUGUGCAGAAGUCGUAGCCGAAGUAAAGGAGCCCCAAGCCGUGCGUGCGCUUGAUGUGCAUCCUUCAGGAUCUCAUCUCGCUGUUGGCACGAACGCACGUGCGUUACGAAUUUUUACCUUGUCGAGUCCUUUACACCAUCAUCAAUUUUCGUGGUCGCCAUCUCGUAACAUGAUACUCCCACUGUUGCCAGUUGCUCUUGAGCGACACAAAUAUCACGAUUCGGGGAUUUAUUGUCUCGCUUAUAAUCCUCAUUUAAUUGGUCAGAUGAGUGCUACGUCAAUGGUUGCAUCAGGAGCAGCAGAUGGGUCGGCAAAGGUGUUGAUCUUGAAUCAUACCGCAUUUGUGCAAAAUACAAAUCAGGAGAUUUGGGUCCAGCGAGGUGACAACAAUGGGUAUUUGGGUAAAACUCGGGCACUUCACUUUUCAUCGCCGCAUUUGCUAUGGAUCACUGCAACAGCUGAUCGUCGCUUGUGUUGCUGGGAUAUUCGGAGAACUCACAAAAACGAGAAAUCGGGCCUUGUUCAAACGCUAGAUGGUCAUGUUGGAGAAAUUCAAGCUAUUGCCAUGCCCCAUCCAGAAACUUCAGCGUCAACUAGUACUUUGCUACUAAGUGCAGCACUUGACAGAACCGUGCGGCUCUGGGAUACUCGUAGUCGACGCUGUGAGCGUUUGGUGACGUCGGAAGCCCACGCUGCCUUCUCUUUACAUUUUCAUCCAAAAAAUGACAAACUUAUCGUUUCUGGCCAUCAAGAUGGCAGCGUGGCUUUAUGGGAUCUGCGGGCUACAGCACGAGAUGCAUUGCAGCGGAUGAUACCACAUCAAGACGAGUGUCGAUCAGUGCGUUGGUCUCCUGGAGGCCAAUGGCUACUUAGCGCGGCCUUCGAUGGAACACUCUGUGUCACGCAAGCAUCUCGCUCGCUACUCCAGCCGUUAGCUAGCUACCACAAACAUUAUGGUAAAGUAUUGCAAGCACAAUGGCAUCCAAAUGAACCCGCAUUUGUGUCCUCUGGUGCAGAUAAACGGGUCAAACUUUGGACUUUUGGGUAA